ACCAUUCUCCUGUCUGCUGUGCAGCUCGCAGUCUCCAUCCGCACAGCGCACCCCCUUCCCCCUCAAACCUCCCGAACUCAUUCACAUAUUCCUCAAAUAAUAAAAACCCCUUUUCCCCACACCCCCGCCCCCCCCUCCUCCCCCCACAAAGGAGACAUCCCGCAAUGUCGGCCGCCAGCACCGAGACCAGCGCCCCGCUGCCGACCGUCGCCAGCCGCGUCUUCUUCCAAGGCGCGCCCGGAGUGGGCUGCGUGGGGACCGGCCCCAUCAGCACCGGCGACGACCCGGUCCAGAGGAGACAGGGCAAAGUGACGGUCAAGUACGACAGGAAGGAGCUGCGGAAAAGACUCGUCCUGGAGGAGUGGAUCAUCGAGCAGCUCAGCGAGUUGUAUGACUGCGAGGAGGAAGAGAUGCCAGAGGUAGAAAUAGACAUCGAUGACCUGUUGGAGGUCACCAGUGACGAUGAAAGGGCCAGCAAACUACAGGAAUCCUUAACAGACUGCUACAAACCAACAGAGGUCUUCGUCCGUGAGUUGCUGGGCAGGAUAAGGGGAAUGAGAAAACUCAGUGCGCCAACGAAGAAGGGCCUAUAAUGGCUGUGAUGUCGACCAUCAACCAGUCAUAAACCACGUCAUCUCAGCUCCGCCUAAUUAGCCCAUUCAACACGGACAGCCAUCACACAGAAUAACUUAUGUAAACAGCAUUAGCAACGUGCAAAAAAGGCACCAUAAACUCCAUGCAUAUAGCACAUAGCACUAGUCAUUCAUUUCCCAAUCACGUAGAAUAAUAAGGUGUGUUAUUAUAUUUGACAGUUGAAAGGUGCAGGGGAGAAAACAGCCGACGUGGUUAAUUAAAUAGCAAACAGCCACAAUAAAAUGUCACGCCCUGGAAACGCGGCGGACCUGCGAACUGUGCUAUCGCGUGAACGCCACCUAGAUCCACAUUUCAGAGCCAUAGUACAGCUGAUGCUGUAAUCCAAACAGCCAUACAGAAGAAAACGCAGACAAAAAAAAAGGAGGUGGUAGAAAAAGGUCUGUCCUGCAGUAGGUGUGAAAUUAGCCGUAGCACUACAUAAGCACAGUGCUUCAUUACCUUGUCAUUUUUUUUACUGAGGUGUUUUGCUGUUACUUCUUUAAAAAAUGUACUCUAUGUUGCCAUUUAUUGUUAACGUGAUUGAAAUGUGGUCUUCAACGUUUUUUGUCCUACCUUAAAGUCACCCUGCCGCCAGACCCUGCAAGUAUAAGGGCGCUCAGUACUUUUAGUUUAAGCACAAGGCAUUAAUCCAUCUAUUCUGUCCCUUCGUGAUGUGCAAACUCUGCAAACGUGUUUUUGCAAGCAAGGCUAAAAUUGUGUGGGGAUUUUAUUUAUUUUUGUGGCUUUUUACCCACUUUUCACCACAGGGAAGCAUGAUGGGUGUUGCAGUUCUCCGUGUGAGGCUACGAGACCUGUAUGAUUGGCGGCCUUUCCUCUGAACUGUCAUGCGAUGUUGUCCGUUGUUCUCCCUCAUCAGGACACAUAUCAUGUUGUUGGUUUAAGUUGAAGCCUGAGGUCCGUACGUCGUGGUUGUUUCUCACUUAACUCUGCUUGCCUUUAAAAGGACAUUCAGGAUCAGUUCAGCACUGAACCUUAAUCACUGACAAGCUUACAGGCAGAUACAGUUGAGUCAGAAUCUGAAAACCUUGAAGCUUAAAACCGGUUCGUCACCCAGGGAAGGUGAGGUAAAACUAGGAGUAUUACAUCUUAAACGUCAUACGUCACGGCAGCAUAUUUGUGACACGGCAUUUCCGCAGAGAUUGCUUGUCAAAUUUGUAAAAACAUCUUCCAGUGGUUUGCAGAAUUCUAAGAUGUUGAAAACUUUUCCAGGUUGCAGGUGAUAUUUUGUAAAGGCAUAAUCCGAGGUUAAAGAGGUGGAUUUCAUUAUUUAUUGUUGUCUAUGUGCACCAACACACUCUAAAACCUGUAGGCUCUGGUACAAUCAUGACUCUGUUAUGGGGUUGGGCCCAGUUUCACUUCCGAGCAGUCAGUCGCGUACCGACCGGAAUGGGGCAGACUUCAAAUCUGCCAUACGAAAUACCCUCAGCUGCCAAAGACAAAAGCAGGGCAACGUUUCAUUUUAACACUUGCAAAGCACCCGUCUUGCAUGCUAACAACAGAGAUAUACAGAAAAAGAACACUGAUGAAGAGUAUAGAUAUUAUGAACUUAUAACCGAGCAAAAAAUACCUUUUUUGACUUAGCCACCAUGUCUGACUUUGUAGAACCUUUUGUGUGGAAAAAAAACGAGAGAAUCCAGGAAACAUUUUUAAAUGGUGCUGUUUUUGAUGUUCUUCCCUACUGUUUAUUUUAUAAAAACACAUAUUACACAUAAAUAUAAACUCGCUGCCAGAGAAGUGAGUCUGAAGAUCGGCUCGGUCUUCAUUGAUGGGUGGCGUAUAGUCUUAAGCGACGUCCUCCUUGCAUCUCCGUUGGGCACACUGGGUGAUUUGGUUGAAAAAGUGUUUUCUGGAUCAGGGAAUUGGAAAGAAAGGUUGAAGAAGAAGAUGGAUCCAGGGCUCAUGUCGAGGUACUCCAUAGGAUGUUCUCUGUCAGGGGUAAUGGGCUAAUAUUUGAUUAUUGAUGGGAUCUAAUUUUAAAGGUGUCCAUACUAGAAAGCUUUAUGUUUGCAUGUCUUUUUAAAGUUGCAUGUUAGAGGGAACAUUUUGUUGGCCCGUAGCUUUUUAUUUCACAAAAUAAAACACUUUCCUUUUUAUACCUUCAUUAUCAUUAUUAAGACUAGAAUAUUUAGUUUUGCAGUAGCAGCUUUGUCUGUCUGUACAUCCACAAUAGGCGUUCCUGUUUUUAAAAUGUAAUGUGGUGUGUGGUUUGUUUUUGCUGAUAAUAAAACUGCAACGACUGUGUACUGUUAAA